AUGGAACCAAUAUCAACAACAAUUUGCGUGAUCAGUUUUUUAUUCGGUGCUGGCUACAUCACUAAAAAAGUAACUGAUUCAGUAAACAAAGGUCACAAAAAUAAAAAAAGAAAGAUAGAAUUAAAAGGUAAAACAAUAGAACAAGCUAGAGAAGAUAAUAAAAAAGCUCAAGAAGAAAAGAAAGAAGCUAGGGAUGCAUUGGAAGAGCAAGAAAGAAAGAAUAGAGAGUUACAAAAAGAAAUAGAACAAGCUAAAAAGAAAGCUAAAGACACUAUGGUAACUUUAGAAGAACAGUUGACUAAUGGGCAGAAAGCAAGUCAAAACUAUUCUGAUAUACUAAAAGGAAUAGAGGAUAGAAUAAAUAAAAAUAACUCAAUAAUUUCAGAUAUAGGAAAGAAUAUUGAUGAUAAGAAUUAUCCUCAAGGAGAAUGUAUUAAAUAUGGUUUAAAAUUAACUACUAGAAGUCAAGUAUAUGAAAUUUAUCUUAAUGAACCUAUAGAUGAGAAUAAAAUAACUUUUAAAAAUUUACCAAAAGAAGCAAAAAUUAAUCUAAUCAAUGCCCAGAGACAUAUUAACUAUCAUUAUCCUACUAAAGAAACUAGAGAGCAAGUAACUAAAUUAGAUAUUAGUGGUAAAAAAUUAGAAGGUCAUUUAGAUCUAUCUGAUUUUAUUAAUUUAGAAGAACUUAAUUGUUUUGAAAAUAAACUAACCUCACUAAAUUUAAGUAAUUGUCAAAAGUUAGAGAAUUUAUAUUGUUCUCGUAAUCAAUUAACUAGUUUAGAUGUAAGUAAUUGUGCUAAUUCAAUUAAACUUAAUUGUUCUAAUAAUAAUUUAACUAAACUUAUUUUACCUACUAACCCUACUAAUUUAAAAGAAUUAUAUUUAAGCAAUAAUAAUUUACCUGAGCAAGACCUAUCUUUUUUAAAAUUCAUAAGUAAAAUGAGUAAAUUAGAAUUUCUUAAUAUUAGCUAUACUGAUAUUAAUGAAGUAAAUAUUGAUAAAUUACCCAAGAGUUUAGCAAGGAUUGAAUAUUCUACUGAUUUAAGACCAGAUUGUAAACUGACUAAAAUAGUUCCUUUAUUAAAUAAAUAUUUUGACUUAACCCAGUUAAGUGGUCAAGAAUUAAUAGAGAAGUUUAUUCAGCAACAAGCUGCCGGAGGAUUUAGCAAGAUUUAUAAGGCUAACUGUAAAGAAAUAAAAAAAUAUGAUGAAUAUACUGAAAGUGAAGAAGUAGUUCUAAAAAUUCUUAAUAACUCUAAAGAAAUAACUCAUGAAUUCUUAACUGAAAUUACUAAUACUAAUUUAGUUGGUGGUUUAGUUGUAAAUUGCUGUGACAGUAUUCCUUUACCUCAAAAAAUAAAAGAUGAAAAAGAAAAUAAUACUCCUAUUUCUCAACAAUUUAAAGUAAUAGAAAAAGAAUACAAUGAUUUCUCUCUAAAUACUCCUUAUAAAAUUCAUGCUAAUGCUAUUACUACUAGCAAACCUAUAAACACUAGACUAAUUACUGAAUUAUUAUCCAGUAAAAUGUCUAGUUUAGAUCUAUCAAAAACUAUUCUAAACUAUCACUCUACAGAACUAGAUUUUGAUAUCACAACUUCAAUUUCUACUACAGAACUAACUAAAAGAUUACGCUCAAUGUCUAUGGAAGAAGCCCAUAAAAAAGAACCUAAAACAGUGAAAUUAGACAGAAUAGAAGGAAAAGAACUCUUUUCAGAACCAAUGCUAAUAGACUAUAAAUGGACUGAUAUUAAUAUUGGAUUAAAAGCAACUGAUUACAAUCUUGCUACUUGGUUGCGAGAUAUUAAACAAUUAACUACUGAACAAGUAUUAAAACAUUAUAAUCUAGAACAAUUAAAGCAAGAAUAUCAAAACUACUUAAAUAAUCAGUUACAAACUAAUAUAGAACAGUUACCUAAAUAA